CCUCGCCGGGGCUGUGGCGCGCCGUCUGCCGCUGCCACCUCAGCCGCGCUCGGUCAGCCAGACGCCCGCUGCUUACUGCCCGGAGCUGACCGUCCCAGCACGCUCGCCGCCGCUGCCGGCACGACAGAUUCAUCCAUGAGCUCGGAUUUCCCACAUUACAACUUCAGGAUGCCUAAUAUUGGAUUCCAGAACCUGCCACUCAACAUAUAUAUUGUGGUUUUCGGCACUGCUAUAUUUGUCUUCAUCCUUAGUUUACUCUUCUGUUGCUACUUGAUUAGGCUAAGACAUCAAGCACACAAAGAAUUUUAUGCCUACAAACAGGUUAUAUUAAAAGAAAAAGUAAAAGAACUGAAUUUGCAUGAGCUCUGUGCAGUGUGUCUAGAAGACUUCAAGCCUCGAGAUGAGUUGGGGAUUUGUCCAUGUAAGCAUGCCUUCCACAGAAAGUGCCUUAUUAAAUGGCUGGAAGUUCGCAAAGUAUGUCCACUGUGCAACAUGCCAGUUCUGCAGCUGGCCCAGUUGCACAGUAAGCAGGACCGUGGACCCCUACAGGGACCCCUCCCCGGGGCAGAGAACAUUGUAUAGCUCACCACAGGAUCAAACUGUUGCAGGAUCUGGGAGGAGCAGAGCUGGGAGGAACACAAGUGGUCUCUGUGUUGGCUGCUCUCGUGGGAGCACCAGCUGCUGCUUCCUUGUCUCAUGAAGAACCCUCGGGCCAGCGAGGCUGGGAACCCAGACUUCUGUGUCUUGUGACAACCAAAGUACUCUGACACUACCCCGUGCCAAGAGGAAUGGAUGAGCCCACAAUCUGGUUCAAGAAACCUCAUGAGGAUCUCUUGCUAACUCCAUUACAUUCUGUCUCCCAGACACUCAUCUCCAUGCCAAGAUGAAUCUUUAUCAACCAGAAGGGAAGAUAAACCCAAGUGUUACAGAAAGGAACUCAAGGCAGGUCUUUAAAGCCCCUACGCUCCCCACACACACACCCUGGGAACACAUGAGCUUCUCUGCAGACCCUGCACACCUUUGCAGCAGCAAACCCUCCCAGCAGCCUCUAAGCCAAGUGAAAACAGCGGUUACCUCAGCCCAAGCACAGCUGGUUGCAAUGCCGGAGGCAGUGCCAACAAGGCUAUUCACAUUGUGUUCCUUUGAUAGGGCCAUCUUGGAAACCCAGGGGCUUGGUUACAACACAGCAGCAGUACCUGCUACCACGGAUUCUUCCUCAAGUUCACAUUUGCUUAUCAAAUCAUCUGAGCUAGAAACAGUAGAUGUGCUUGGAAAGGUCUGGUCAAAAGCCAUUUCCUCUUAUUUCCCCUCCUACUCACCAGUGAGGCACAGUCAAGCCACCAUCAGGAGCCCCAGCAGGGGGCGGGUCUCUGAGCCCAUGCUGUCCCUGUAUGACCCGAGGGCCCCAGGGUGCUGCCCACAUCCCCACAUAUACAAUGUGGCUCCAGUGUAGCUGCCAGUCUUGGCCCACUGCCCCAGUAGGAAGCUGCUGUGAGCCUUUCACAUGGCUCCGGAAAGGAGCAUCUCUCUGAUAAUGGGCUAGUCCUCCUGGCCUUGCUGAGCUGAGGAUGCUAACCCCUUGCCUCUCCCUGUCCUGCCCUCUGUUCUCUUCCCUCCCUUCCCUUCCCUGUCUCUAUUUCUCCUCAAGAGAAAAUGCCUGUCGUUGACAUCUUAACUAUUUAAAGCAUCCCGUAUAAGAUCCCUAUGUAAUUCUGAAGCCAGGGAGGCACCUGCAAUUGUUAAUAGUUUCAGGAAGCUCCUGCAGGGCUAGUCAUCAUUGGUGUGUGCCUCAGUAUUCAGACUUAACAAUAACUAGUUGAGAGUGUCGUUACAGGAGAAAAACCACAUGCUGCUCUUUGGUUCUUUGUCCUACUUUUCUAGAAAUGACUCAGAGUCCAGCAGGAUUCAUGACUACUUUAUAAGUUCACUAUGUGAAGCAGCACUGGGUCAGACAGCAAGUUCUCUUCCACAGCCCUGCUCUCCACCUCCUUCCAGGUUAGGGGUGGCCUCCUCAACAGCACUGCUUCUGCUCUACCCCACAGGUGUGAUUAGGGGCAGCUUCUCAUGGGAAAUGCAGCGUUUAUGACACGGAGCGGGGCUGGAGGAGACUUUGCUACUCCGUUCAGGGAAUGUCUCCAGGAAUAUUUUUGGAAUCCAGCCUCUACUGUCUUAGGAUGGGAGAGGGAACCUAUCCUUGGCUCAGAUGGCUGGGACCAGAUGAGGAGGAAAAUUCCCAUUAGCCUAGAAAAGUGCUGGGCAGAAUCCAGUUUGGAAAAUUACAAAUCCAUUGGUCAGAAUUGGCUGUACCCUAUGUGACCUAUUUGUGGUAUGCCAGCUGGACUGCUUCUUUAAACAGGGCAAGGGAAGUGUGGAAUAUUUUUAUAUGAAAGCCUUAUUAGCCUGUCUGGCACCCAUGAAAAGAACUAUUUGUACGCUCCUACUUUCACCCUGUUUCUGCAUUCACUAUUUGUAGCACAAUAGAAUUGAAUGCUGGAAAGCACUCAGUUUACAGUGAAAUGUUUUCAGUGACCAAUGUCAGAGAUAGGCUUGCUUCUGGACUUGCCUCAUUAAUAGCCAACACUCACCAUUUUCACGUAACAGCCUUGGGACAAAUGUCACAUCUUCGUUAAAGAGUUCCAAUAGGAAAAAGAAUCUUUCCCUUCAGAGGAGGAAUUCUUGUGUUCUGUGCUUGCAAAUUAUUUUCAUCUCACAGCUUUCAUAGGAUUUCAGUGUCAGUACCAAGGAGACAGACUCACAAAGUCCCUGUAUUUGUAGUAAUCUCAGCGUUUGUGAACGUGCAGGGCUUUUAAAAACUCAGCUCUUCACUAAGGUGGGGCCUGACACUGAAGUGGCCGAGUGUCCAUCUUCCCUCUCCUGGCUUAGUGUCCUACUGGAACACGGCCAGUGUCACUCAUGCAUUCUUACGCCUCGUAACAACGCAACACAAAUGUUUGCUCCCCACAUUAACUGAGUGGCCAGGGUUUAAUUUACAUCUUCCUUUAAUUCUGAUUAAAAUCAGUUUUGUGUGAGGGACAAGGUCAAACCUCCACUAUUAAAGAAGUUAAAGAUUCCUUAAUACUCUUUCAUCAGGCUCACAGCUCAGUGAGGCUGCCCUGUCCAGAUCUAUCUCCAUGAGUUAUUCACCUUUUGUUAACCUGUGUGAGGACUCUGGUCUGCUUUUGGGCCGCUGGCAGGUGAUGUGGUUUUUUAACUUGGUCUUAAAACAUGUCUUAAGCAGCUCAGAGUUGGGUGUGGCUGGUGUACCAUGGGCUAGAGGAGCAGAACUUAGCCUCAACUCAACUCCACAGGUGGGUCAAUCAUUAUCUAGUUGUUACUAGGGGUACAGCUGAAUUCAGCUGGCUGCAGGAACAGGAAACAAAACCAGCCUGACCUGAUUCCUGGCUGAGUAGGUACAAAGAUUUGGUCAGGCCAAGAAAGUAAUGGUCAGAUAGGAGCAGGUAGCCCAUGGAGAGUUCUGGGCUGAGGGAUACUGAGGACCUCCCACCGUGGCUAAAUGCCCUGUUCUUAACAAAGAUCCUUUCUUUCCACAUCCCUAUUCCAAAGCCUAUCAUCUUCAUGGCCUGAUUCUACUCUAAGUUACUUUGAACAACUGUAGUAACUGUUUCUGAGAGGUUUUCUGGGAAUUAUGAAAUGCACACAAGGAGACAUCCCCAGAGCUCUGGGCAGAAAAACUGCUCAGGUUUUUCAGUCACCCCCUUGCCACUCACUAGCCAUGUGCCUUUCUACAAGUUAGCCUCUCAAAGCCUGUUUCCUUAGCUGCUCACCCAGGAGUGUGUACUAAGGGUGGGAUUGACUACCAUGUCUGGAGCCCAGCAGGCAGGCCUGGGGGGGUCAUAGGAGCUGGUGCUACUAAGUGACAUCAUCAUGCUAGCCACGUGGGACUCCCCUGUUGUCCUGAUAGGAACUACCACAGUUGAGAGCCUCCUGAGAUUUAGGGGCUCUCCACUGAGCCCCAGUUCACCUGGCUCCCUUCCCUUUCCCCUCCUGAUCUGCCUCAGUCACUUCCAUUUACCUUUGCCCACUGUGCUCCUCAAUGUGGUUUCGCUCAGUGCUGAAUAUUCCUUCUAAAUUCUUUGAAUAGGUAAUCCCUUCACGUGGUUCACAAAUCAUAAAGUUAUGUCGUCCUUGCAUUCCUGAACUCCAGUAAGCCAAGUUUCCCACCCCUUGAGUACACACUACUAGCUGGUUCCUUGUUCAUUCAUGCAUAUACAAGCAAGUACACACACAUGUACAUGUAUGUAGGGGUGUGUGUGUAUAUGUAUAUUACAUACACAGCUGACUCUUGAACAACACAGGUUAGGUGUGCUGACACCCUGUAUGGCCUGCAUGUAACCUGACAGCUAUCCACAUCUGUGGUUCUGCAUCUGUGGAUUCAACCAAGCUUGGACCUUGUAGAAUGUAUUUAUUGAAAAAAAUCCAUGUGUAAGUAGACCUCAGUUCAAAUCCAUCUGUUCAAGAAUCAACUGUGUAAUUUUUUUCUUUUUCCACUUAUGUAAUACCAGACAAGUACUCAAGAACCAUUCGUAGUCAUGGGAAGACCCAUCCCAGAAGUCAGAAUAUCUGUAAAAGGUGAGCCCAGAAUUGGGGGAUGUUUUUGUAACUACAUUCCUUUUGAAUAAGGCAUAUUUUCCACUGAUUGCAGCAUGAUGAAAUCUUCGUUUCCUACACAAAUCGAACUUCAGUCCCUCCCUGACUCUUAACUAUAGAUGCCCAAAUAACAAGAGAGCACAACCAUUUUUUUCUUCUUUCCCCCCAGUGUGGGAUGUAGGAUCUAGUUCCCUGACCAGGAAUUGAACCCGGGCCCCCUGCACUGGGAGAGCGAAGUCUUAGAAACUGGACCACCAGGGAACUCCCCAGCCUAUGUCUGAGUCUGGCAGGACACUCCAGAGCAGCAGCAGCGCAGGCUGCAGGCCCACCCCAGCCCCCAACCCAGUUUCCAGGGAGGACUGACAGCCCAGCAGUGACAUCUGGCUACAACUGUCAUGGUUUCUUAGGCAAACCCAUGUUUCUGAGGCAGGAGUUGGAGCAGCAGGCUGAGCAAUUCAUUUUGUGGGGCAGAUGUCUCAAAUGUUGCUAAGCAAAUAGGUGGUCAGCUGCCUCAUAGCUGAAUGUCCAUGUUCAAGUUCAUGAGCCUAUUCCCUUUCCCUCCCCACUCUGUGCACACACUAAAGAACAAAUGUUCCCACAGAAUCUUCUCCUCACCCAACAUUUUUUCCAGUCAAUGAGAAAUUACCCCACCAACAGUUUUUUUUUUAAAAGUUCAUUCUUCCCUCUACAAAUCAAAGUUAAAGCUUCCUCCAGGCAGCCCUUGGGGGUAGGCGCAGCGACCUGUGCCUCUCCUUCUUUACCCACCCCUACCCCCCUCCCCCCAAUAUCCUGCCACCCACAGCAGCAGCCCAGGGAUUCCCUGGAUUAAAAGUGUAACUUAAGCCUGUGACCAGAAAUUUGGAAAGGAACUAUAUGUGAAACCACCCUUCUUCCAUCAAUGAACCUCUUUCAUUAUUAGUAUUUAGGAAUUUGAGCAAAGGAGAUGAAUGUGUCUAAAUUCUGAUGAAAUCUGCAGUUGAUAACCGGAAAACGCUGGGCCAUGUUCCUUUAGUGUAUAGAUUAACGAAGGCUCCCGUGUGCCACAGAAUGUGCUUCCAUUUGAUUGGAACAUGAGGAGGAAAGUAGAGAGGCUUAUUCAGUAAAUCUGUUAUUGUCCCAGUUCAGCUUCACAGCCUGAAUUGUUGCAAGAUGCAGAGUUUUAUUCCACUUUUAGACCAAGCAUCAGCACGUGUUGCUUACCGACCCAGAAAUCACUUCUGUGGCUAUACAGCCAGGGGCUCCCUGCUCCAGAGACACAUACCUACCAGUGUUAAGGGCCUUGGCUAUACUUCGAUGAAGCCCCUCGCAGUUCCCUGAGCUAGUAUAAGCCUGGAAAAUCUGCAUCUCAGGCCAGGUGCACACCAUCCUUCCAUCCAUCCUUCCCUCUCAGGCCUAGAACAGGAGAAUAAGAUGGGGCUAGUGUUUCUUUCCUGAUGAUAGCUCAGUCUUCCAAGAAAGUGUUCCUGAACUGUCCUCUCUUGGUCUCUAGACAGGUCUUUGCCAGAAAGAGGGGAUAUCAGUCUUGUAGUUUUAAGCCUACUGGGGUUUAUUCACUAGAUAUUGUAUAUAACUCCUUCAAAAAAAGAAGUUUAUGAAAUGCUGAGCCUCAGGUUUCAUAGACAUGUUUGUACACUAUGAAUUCUGCAGCAGAAUAUUUUUAAACAUUUGCAGUUUUUUUAUAAGCUAUAUAUUUUUGUAUAUUUAAUUGCUAUUUUAAAAUUUUAAUGCAUUUUGCUAAUUACUCGUUUAAAAAAUAAAACAUGCAUGUAAUUGACUUAAAUGUAAAUAAAAAGCAGAUUU